CUUUGGAUUAAAUCAUUUAAAAAAUCACAAACUUUUAUCUGACAUUCUUCAGGAAUCUUUGUUUUCUACCUUUUCUCAAAAAGUUAGAAUCGUGCACGCCUCUCAAAGUAUCUCAUAUACCUCAUCUGGAUUGAGACAUCUUUCAAGGUUUGUUGGAAAAACCAAUUCCUCGUGGAGUCUUUUUUUUUUGGCUGACAUGAACGAGAACGGUGGUUCAAGCAAAAAGUGUUCAUGGGGUUUCAAUAGUCUUGUAAGAAGGAAACAAGUUGAUUCUGUUCAUCUCAAAAACGACCAUGGACAUCAUCAUCAUCAGCUUGCCAAGAAACUAACAGCCUUUGAUCUUGUCGCUAUUGGAGUUGGAACAACAAUAGGAGCAGGAGUGUACAUUCUCGUGGGAACAGUAGCUAGAGAACACACAGGACCUGCUCUUGCUGUAUCAUUCUUCAUCGCUGGAGUAGCAGCUGCUCUCUCCGCUUGUUGCUACGCUGAGCUUGCUUCUCGUUGUCCAUCUGCUGGCAGUGCUUAUCAUUAUGCAUACAUAUGCCUUGGAGAAGGGAUUGCUUGGUUGGUUGGUUGGGCACUGGUGUUGGAUUAUACUAUUGGUGGAUCAGCCAUUGCACGUGGCAUAUCUCCAAAUCUGGCAUCCUUUUUUGGAGGGUUAGACAAACUUCCUGUGUUCUUAGCUCGACAAACCAUACCCGGACUUGGUAUUGUGGUUGAUCCAUGUGCAGCAUUGUUGAUUAUGAUUGUUACAAUACUACUAUGCUUUGGGAUAAAGGAGAGCUCAUUAGUACAAGCAAUUGUAACAUCAGUGAAUGUUUGCACGUUGGUUUUCAUAAUAGUAGUUGGUGGAUAUACAGCUUUCAAGACCGGUUGGGUUGGAUAUGAUCUUUCCACUGGGUUUUUUCCUUUUGGAUUAAAUGGGAUACUCGCCGGAGCUGCGGUAGUAUUCUUCUCAUACAUUGGAUUUGAUACAGUGACUAGCACAGCUGAAGAGGUUAAAAAUCCUCAAAGGGAUCUUCCAUUGGGCAUUGGGAUUGCAUUACUGAUAUGCUGCGUUUUAUAUAUGCUUUUAUCAGUAGUUAUCGUUGGGUUGGUCCCUUACUAUACUUUGGAUCCUGAUACUCCUAUCUCCUCUGCAUUUGGAGACAGUGGGAUGCAAUGGGCAGCGUACAUCUUAACUACUGGAGCAAUAACUGCUCUAUGCGCUAGUUUGUUGGGUUCACUUUUGGCUCAGCCACGGAUCUUCAUGGCAAUGGCUAGGGACGGAUUGUUGCCAGCUUUCUUUGCAGAAAUUGACCCACGAACUCAAGUACCGGUGAAAAACACAAUAGUAAUUGGUGUGCUGGCCGCUUCACUGGCAUUUUUCAUGGAUGUUUCACAGUUAUCCGAGAUGGUUAGUGUAGGCACGCUGGUGGCUUUCACUGCUGUAGCAGUAUGUGUGCUAGUUCUCAGAUAUGUACCACCAUAUGGUGUUCCCCUACCAUCCUCCUCUCAAACAUGGACUGAUAAAAAUGAAAGUAGGCUGCAAACUGAACGUUUUCUUGUGAAUGAUGCUAUAGAAUCAUCUGAUUCUCCUCUACUUGGCGCUCGAGAUGAAAAGUACUUUGGAAAGAGAAGAAAAAUUGCUGCCUGGAGUAUAGUUCUUGUGUGCAUAGGUGUCUUAGGCCUUUCUUCAGCAGCUUCUGCUGAGCGUCUUCCAAGUUUACCUCGGUUCACUAUGUGUGGUGUCAGUGCAGCCAUCUUACUUGGCAGUUUGAUUACUCUUGGUUGCAUCGAUGAGGAUGAUGAAAGGCACAACUUUGGACACCAAGGAGGGUUUCUCUGCCCAUUUGUCCCAUACCUUCCUGUUCUCUGCAUUUUGAUCAACACCUACUUGAUCAUCAACAUUGGAGUUGGGACAUGGAUCAGGGUCUUGAUAUGGCUGCUUGUUGGAAGCAUGAUCUAUCUCUUCUAUGGCCGGUCUCACAGCUUACUGAACAAUGCAGGCUAUGUUCCAACGACUUGUACAGGGAAAACAACAGAUCAUCAUCCUUGAGAUCGGUGAUUCAUAGCAAAGCUGAAGGGGCUCGAGCUCAAGCUUUGUUGUUGCUGAAGUAGCAUUUAAAGAAAGUUAAAAUGGCAUUUGAAGAGAGUUACACGGAUGGCACGAGAGUAAAAGCAUGCCAAGAUAUACAGCAUUUCAUGUACAUUGUUAGUCAUUCUAAAUGUACAUCUCUUAUAAUGCCAAUAUCAUCUUUUCCGUUUCCAAAUUAUAUAUAUUUUCUA